AUGGUGGCCGACCUCGUUAAACUGUACGGACCAGGCAUGUCCUACUACCUCCCGAAGACCGAAGGAAGCACCACGAAUGCAGAGGAUGACAAGAAAUCGCCAGACGAGAAAUACUCCGCAGCUCUACGGGCACUCUACAGCAGCAACCAGAUCCUCGAGAAGAAGAUGUCCAAGUUACGCGCGAGCACAAUCCGUCUUAACCUUGAUCUUAUGAAGCUCCAACGACACAUGAGCACCAUGCAGCACGACUUUCUCACGACCUGGCAAGCGGAUAUCCUCACCCUUCUCAUCGAGGUUGUGUUCGCGCGGUGUCAUCGAGUGCUACCGGGGGGAUACGCGGUUGAGGAGAUCGAAUCGUUGGAUUAUGAGACGUUGACGAGGGUGUACAGGACUGCGGCGAAGAGGAUUCAAAAGGAGAGGCUGCGGAGGAAUUUUGGACUGUCAGCGAAGUAUUACUUUGCGUUGCAAAAGUACUGGGAGGUUGUCGAGUUUCGAAGUGAGGAUCCAUUUCAGACGGAGUGUGUGUUUGCUCGGUGGUUGGUCGCGGAGAAGGAGAAAGAUCCUGGUGUAUACGAGUUUUGGGGGAAGUUGUUUCCAUUGUGCUACAGACGAACGGUCGAGGAAAGUGCUGCUAUCUUUUGA